AUGGAUUCGGCAAGCUUCCGUGUGGAGGGCAAACGAAUGGUGGAUUUUGUGGCCGAUUAUUGGGACACAAUUCGUGAGCGUCGUCCGUUGCCCGACAUCAAACCGGGAUAUAUUCAAGAGUUGGUGAGUGGCGAGCGCGGAAGCGCGAGUGUAAACCGGAAGCUUCCGCGAAGCGGCGGGCUCGGAAUGCUCCAAAUUUCGAGAAUCCACGUGAAAUUUGGAGCAUUUCGAGACCAAACACAACCAUAUUUGGGCUCAAAAUGCUCCAAAUUUUGAGCUCAAAAUAAUUUUUGCCAGGUCCCAUCCAAAGCUCCUGCGAGCCCUGAAGACUGGUCGGCGAUCUUCGACGAUUUGGAGAGUGUGGUGUUGAAUGGUGCCACCCACUGGCACCAUCCACAUUUUUUCGCCUAUUUUCCGACGGCUCUCAGCUACCAGUCGAUUUUGGCCGAUAUUUUGAGCGGUGGAAUUGCGGGGAUCGGAUUUACUUGGGUGAGUUCCACGUCACAAUGAUAUUGCUCAUAUUAAACUAGAAAAUCUAGGGAUUGCUCAUAUUAAUUACAGAAAUCGUGUCCCUCAAUGACUGAGCUCGAAAUGUCCUCUCUUGAUUGGCUGGUCGAUUUGCUCGGGCUCCCCGAGCACUUCAAAAACGCGCACGACGGUCCGGGUUGCGGAAUCAUCCAGAGCACCGCGAGUGAUUCGACGAUGAUUGCGAUUAUGGCGGCGCGAGCCGCGCAAGUCGCUAGAAUCAAGGCCGAGGGCGACGUGGGUUUGGGGAAGUGGACGGCGGACAUUGGCAAGACGAUUCGGGAGAUUUUCGAGCGAGUUAAGAGCAAUAAGGUGAGCUGGAGGCGACCUCCCAGGCUUAAGCGGAAGCUCAGACUUCCGCUUCCCCUUCCGGAGCCGGUUGAGGCUCGCGGAGCUUCUAGCAAACCCCGCCACGUUUUCAGCCAACUCUCCAAUCCCAAAAAUCCAUCCACAUUGUGGUGAGUUCGAGAAAUGUUGUGUGUCGAGCGAAGCGAGUGUAGACCGCAAGCUUCCGCGUAAGCGGCACUAUCUUCCGCUUCAGCGGCCAGUCAAGAAUUCAGUACUGAAAAUCCACGUCAUAGCAAUCCACGUGGCCGCUGAAGCGCAAGACAAUGCCGCUGACGCGGAAGCUUGCGGUCUACACUCGCGCACAGCGCUCGGGUCGAGUGAAGCAAGUGUAGACCGCAAGCUUCCGCGUCAGCGGCACUGUCUUCCGCGUAAGCGGCCACGUGGAUAGCUAUGACGUGGCAAGGGAUAAUCGCCAUCCGCGUGGCCGCGUUCGCGGAAGAUAGUGCCGCUUACGCGGAAUCUUGCAGUCUACACUCGCGCACAGCGCUCGGGUCGAGCGAAGCGAGUGUAAACCGCAAGCUUCCGCGUCAGCGGCACUGUCUUCCGCGAACGCGGCCACGUGGAUUGCUAUGACGUUUACCAUAUCAUAGUAAUCCACGUGGCUGCUGAAGCGGAAGAUAGUGCCGCUAGCGCGGAAUUUUGCGGUCUACACUCGCGCACAGCGCUCGGGUCGAGCGAAGCGAGUGUAAACCGCAAGCUUCCGCUUCAGCGGCCACGCGGAUCAUAGCUAUGACGUGAGGCAUAGCCUUAAGGUAGCUCAAAACCUUAAGCACUCGAGUCGAGCGGAGCGAGUGUAAACCGCAAGCUUCCGCGUAAGCGGCACUGUCUUCCGCGAACGCGGCCACGUGGAUUGCUAUGACGUUUACCAUAUCAUAGCAAUCCACGUGGCCGCGUUCGCGGAAGAUAGUGCCGCUGACGCGGAAUCUUGCGGUAGCCUUAACAACCUUAAUUAUCCCCAAUUUCCUUCAGGAAGACGAUGAGAAUGCCGAAAUGAUAGUUCCAUUCUACCACGAUCCAACAGUCUUCGAAAAAUUCGUAAUGUAUUGCUCAGAUCAAGCACACAGUUCAGUUGAAAAAGGCGCAAUGCUAUCGGGAAUUCGUUUGCGAAAACUGAAAGCUCAGCGAGAUUUUCUGGGGAAUUUCGGAGUGUCCGAAAUGACCCUGAGAAAUGCGAUUCGACAAGAUCGAGAUCGUGGCUAUAUUCCAUUCAUGUUUUUGGCGACGAUCGGAACAACUUGUAGUUGUGGAGUGGAUCGAUUGGAUGUUUUGGGACCGAUUUGUGAGCAAGAAGGAUUGUAUUUACAUGUCGAUGCGGCUUAUGCAGGUAGACUGGAAAUUUGGAGCAUUUUGAGCCCAAAUAUGGUUGUGUUUGGGCUCAAAAUGCUCCGAAUUCCACGUGGAUUCUGAAAAUCCUCGAAAUUUGGAGCAUUUUGACAUCAAACAUGCUCAUAUUUAGUCUUGAAAUGCUCCAAAUUCCACGUGGAUUCUGGAAAAUCCUCGAAAUUUGGAGCAUUGCUCAUAGUAAUUGCUCAGGAACCUUCGCCUUCUGCCCCGAAUUCAAAUAUCUGCUGAAUGGCAUCGAACACGCCGAUUCCUACAAUUUCAAUUUGCACAAAGCGGGAAUGGUGAAUUUCGAUUGUAGUCCAAUGUGGUUCAAAAAUGGGACGAAUAUCGCCAAAUUUUUCAACGUCGACGCGCUGUAUUUGGCACAUGAAUAUCAGAGCACAGCUGCCGAUUAUCGGGUGAGAAAUGCUCCGAAUUUGGAGCAUUUUGAGACCAAAUAUGAGCAUGUUUGAUGUCAAAAUGCUCCAAAUUUCGAGCUCAGAACGUGGAUUGCUAUGACGUGGAAACCAUAGAGAUCAUAGCAAUCCGCGUGGCCGCGUUCGCGGAAGACAGUGCCGCUAACGCGGAAGCUAGCGGUCUACACUCGCGCACAGCGCUCGGGUCGAGCGAAGCGAGUGUAAACCGCAAGCUUCCGCGUCAGCGGCAACGUGGAUUGCUAUAACGUGGCAAGGGAUCAUAGAAAUCCGCGUUCGCGGAAGAUAGUGCCGCUAACGCGGAAUCUUGCGGUCUACAGUCGCGCACAGCGCUCGGGUCAAGCGAAGCGAGUGUAGACCGCAAGCUUCCGCGUCAGCGGCACUUUCUUCCGCUUUAGCGGCAACGUGGAUUGCUUUAACGUGGCAAGGGAUCGUAGAAAUCCGCGUGGCCGCUGAAGCGGAAGAUAGUGCCGCUCACGCGGAAGCUUGCGGUUUACACUCGCUCCGCUCGACCCGAGCGCUGUGCGCGAGUGUAGACCGCAAGCUUCCGCGUAAGCGGCACUGUCUUCCGCUUUAGCGGCCACGUGGAUUGCUAUGACGUGUCAGGGGAUCUUGCGGUCUCCAAAAAAUCCUGAAAUUUUUUUGCAGCACCUCCAAGUCGCCCUUGGCCGACGUUUUCGCUCACUCAAAAUCUGGUUUGUGUUGCGAAACAUGGGCGUGGCCAAAAUCCAGGAUUAUCUUCGAGGAACCGAAAAAUUGGCGGCGAAGUUCGCCGAACUUAUCAUUGAGGAUGGAAGAUUCGAGCAUUUUGUACCACAACAUUUAGGUCUCACUUGUUUUAAGCUCAAAAAUGUGAGUGAGGAAGCAAGUGUGCUCUAAUGCGAAUUAUGCAAAUUCUGAAAAAUUUCAAAAAUUCUCAAUGGAGCGCACUUGCUAUAACUAGCUUCAAAAUAGGGUUUAGAGCUCCGAAAAUACACGAAAAAAUACGCUAUCCAAUCUGGCAAGUUAAGCAACAUUGAGUCGCGCUAGCCACGCGUUCAAUCCCGGCCCUAGUCGAAUUCGGACUCUAAAAAUCGCCCUCUUUUUUUGCAGUCCUCAAAUUCUGACAACGAAAGACUGUGCAAUGCGAUCAACGAGGAUCGUCGGAUUCAUUUGGUCCCUUCAACAGUUCAAGGCAACUAUUUUCUUCGAAUGGUUGUUUGCAGUCAAUUGACCAAUGAAAAUGAUGUGAUUUUUGCGAAAAAUGUCAUUUUUGAGAUUACCGAUCGAAUUUUCGAUGUUUAUUAA